AUGCGAAAUGCAACUUCCAUUACAAGCUUUCUUCUUCUGGGUUUUUCUGACACUCAGGAACAAAAUAUUAUGUACUUCACCCUUCUUUUAGUGAUUUAUUUGGCGGUCUUGAUGGCAAAUUUUCUAAUUAUUUCAGCUGUUUUUCUGGACCACCGGCUUCAUACACCCAUGUACUUUUUCUUGGUAAAUUUAUCUAUUGUGGACCUUGGUUCUAUUUCUGUCACUAUCCCCAAAGCCAUGAUUAAUUCUCUCUGGAACACAAGAGAUAUUUCAUAUUCUGGAUGUGUUGCACAAGUGUUUUCUUGUUUUUUUUUCUUGAUAUCUGAUUUGUUCCUCCUCACAUCCAUGGCAUACGAUAGAUAUGUUGCCAUUUGUGACCCACUGCACUAUGAAACAGUGAUGAGCAGGAAAGUCUGCAUUCAGCUGGCAACCAGUGCAUGGCUAGCUGGCCUUGUUUAUUCAGCUUUGCACACUGGCAGCACUUUUGCAAUUACAUUUUGCUCCAAUAUCAUCGGUCAGUUCUUCUGUGAAAUCCCACAACUGCUGAAAAUCUCCUGUGAUGAUAUGUACCUUGUUGAAGUUGGAGUCAUUGUUUUCAGUAUAUUUAUAGUCUUCCCUUGUUUUGGUUUCAUAGUGGCUUCAUAUGUGCAGAUUUUCAAGUCAGUACUAAGAAUCCCCACCACUCAAGGACGCAGUAAGGCCUUCUCAACAUGCCUGCCUCAUCUUAUUGUUGUCUCCUUGUUCAUAAGCACUGGGAGCAUUGCCUAUCUGAAGCCUAUUUCAGGUUCCCCCUCAGAGUUGGAUGUGGUAGUGACUGUAUUAUAUUCUGUAGUACCCCCUUUGAUGAAUCCAAUUAUCUACACUAUGAGAAACCAGGAUAUAAAAGUUGCGCUUUGGAAAAUGUUUCAAUGUGGGACUCCUUUCUGGCAUCAAGGAAGUUCUUCCAUUGUUAAUUUGAUUUAUAGCCUUGUUAGGUCUAGUUUUAAAACAUGUAGUUCACUUUCAUAA